AUGCGUGCUUAUCUAGUUAGAAAAGCCAAGGCAGUGGGCUUAUUUCCUUUCCAAGCCAAGGCAGUGGGCUUAUUUCCUUUCCAAGCCAAGGCAGUGGGCUUAUUUCCUGUCCAAGCCAAGGCAGUGGGCUUAUUUCCUUUCCAAGCCAAGGCAGUGGGCUCAUUUCCUUUCCAAGCCAAGGCAGUGGGCUUAUUUCCUUUCAAAGCCAAGGCAGUGGGCGUAUUUCAUUUCCAAGCUUGUCUCCGUUCCAAGCAAGGGAGGGAAGAGUAUUUUCAAUUAUUGAAUAAAUCGGAGCGAAAGCCAGCCAGGCAGCCGGUGCGGCAGCAGCGUGAGGGGGACAGCCAGCCCCCGCCGCUCUUCACUGCUGUGGCUGCCGCUGCUGCGUCAGGCGAAUCCUUUGUCCUCGACGUCCCUCUCAGACGGACAACUGCUGCUGCUGCUGCUACAAAUGCUGCUACAGAAGCUGCUACAGCUGGUUACACACCUGCUGCUGCUGCUACAACCGGAGCAGCCAGACUGCAAGCCCAGGGGAGGAGGAGGAGGCAGCGAACGGUGAUCAUCGGGCCAGUCUCCCUGCAACGGGCCGCUGUAACCGCAGGGUACCAGCUGUCUCAGAAGCGCCCGAAAGGCCCCUGCAGCAUGUGGUUCAAGAGAGUCUUCAUAGUCAGAGUCAAGUCUGCUGCUGAUUUCGCCGCCAGGGCCUCUCUCCCGUGCACCGCCACCGUUAUUCUGCAUUUACAGAAAGAUUUGAUGCUGCCAAAAGGGGUUAUUUUCGGGCGGCAGCAGUCGUGCACGAUACUCAUGUCAGCGAAAUGGCCUGGUUACACGGUGACGGGUGGUAACCAUAUGUAUCCGGUGCUGCGCGUGUGGAACACUAGUAACUUCAUGUCGCUGAACGUGAACUAUCGCCUGCCGGUGACGGAGAGCAGCCCCGAGUGCACCAUCGUGCCAGAGCUGGGCAAAGGCGUGACCUGCCCCGCCAUCUCCAUCCAUCGGUCCUUCGGCGUGCAGAUUGGCAAGAGAGCACCACUAACUGGGCAAGGAGUGGCAGAGCUGGGCAAGGGAGUGGCAGAGCUGGGCAAGGGAGUGGCAGAGCUGGGCAAGGGAGUGGCAGAGCUGGGCAAGGGAGUGGCAGAGCUGGGCAAGGGAGUGGCAGAGCUGGGCAAGGGAGUGGCAGAGCUGGGCAAGGGAGUGGCAGAGCUGGGCAAGGGAGUGGCAGAGCUGGGCAAGGAGUGGCAGAGCUGGGCAAGGGAGUGGCAAAGCUGGGCAAGGGAGUGGCAGAGCUGGGCAAGGAGUGGCAGAGCUGGGCAAGGGAGUGGCAGAGCUGGGCAAGGAGUGGCAGAGCUGGGCAAGGGAGUGGCAGAGCUGAUCAAGGGAGUGGCAGAGCUGGGCAAGGAGUGGCAGAGCCGGGCAAGGAGUGGCGGAGCUGGGCAAGGAGUGGCAGAGCUGGGCAAGGGAGUGGCAGAGCUGGGCAAGGAGUGGCAGAGCUGGGCAAGGGAGUGGCAGAGCUGGGCAAGGGAGUGGCAGAGCUGGGCAAGGGAGUGGCAGAGCUGGGCAAGGGAGUGGCAGAGCUGGGCAAGGAGUGGCAGAGCUGGGCAAGGAAUGGCAGAGCUGGGCAAGGGAGUGGCAGAGCUGGGCAAGGAAGCUGGGCAAGGAGUGGCAGAGCUUGGCAAGGGAGUGGCAGAGCUGGACAGGGACUGGCAGAGCUGGGCAAGGAGUGGCAGAGCCAGGCAAGGAGUGGCAGAGCCAGGCAAGGAGUGGCGUGCCCCGCGACGCACUCCUCAUCUGUCCACGUGCCUCCACUCUCAUCCCCAUUCCCUCUCCUUCCCUUCCCCUCACAGCACCGUCUUUGGCCCAGUGGGCGUGCAAUGGAGCAUGGCCAUGCCGCGUGCGGCUGGACUCACUAACGCUCACUGGAGUGGUUUCUCUCUCUUUUUCUCAUCCCACACAUCGUCUCAAGCUCCCGCGUGCCUCCAAGCUACCCCCUAUCCCGUCUUCCUCUCUCCCCCCCAGGGCAACAUCUUUGGGCGAGUGGACGUGCUACACAGCAUGGACGUGCGCCUGGACUCACUCUCGGUCACCGGAGUGGCUUCCUUUAUCAAGUCGCCUGGGGUGAUCCGAGUGGCCCUGUGUGGGUACGAGCCGGGACUUCUCAAAUCCAACGUUGUCAUCUCCAACAAUGAGGUGUACAGUGAGAGAGCAGUUGGUGUAACCGUCAGGAACAACUACGUGCGCGACUUCAUAUUCGCAGGGAUCAAGUGCGGUGCCGACGUGCAUUACAGCUUUGCGUGCAUGCUCUCUCGCAUCAACUCCAACCUUGUGGUUUCCUCUGGGAGGAACCUGAACGGGGAUCACGACUCGGCUGGGAUCUACUUCUACACGCACUGGUUCAGUCCCGGGAACUCGGCGCUGUGCAACUACGUGUUCAACGGCGACCACUGCUACUAUCUGGACCAUUGCACGUCAGGCGUGCUUGUCAGGGGAGGCGCGUGCGUGAAUACGUAUGACGGCAUGAAAGUGAAUAACGGCAAGCGGAACGUGAUAAAGAACGUGGCGAUGAAAGGCACGCGGAGAUCGCUGGGGUGGACGUCAUGCUUCACAGUGACCGUCAACAACUGCCUCAAAGACCCCGGCAACUACUGGGAGGCCAUGCGCGUGAAAUACUACAACAGCGCCCGCAUCAACCACCUAUGGCCUUCGAUGAAGGACGUCUGCAAGGAAACAUCGGCCAAUGGCGGCGUGUCAUGUAACCCGCCAGGUCAGCCAGGUGCUGACGUCACGGGAGCAUGCAGCGGGCUGGGAACCGACAAUCUCAUCGACGUUGUCGCCGUCAACACCACCAACUAUGGCCUCGACUGGAAGCACUGCGAGAAUUUCACCGUUACGGAAAACCUGCGUGCCACGUGCCCCUUGCCUGGAAGAACCUUCACGAUUCCGGGUCGUCCUUAUGAUCGCUCACGUGACGCCCGCCUGCCCGAGCCCUCCUACUACCCUUCCCACCAUGCCAUUUCUCCCUUUUCUCGUUUCCUGCUCCCUCCGUCUUCCACCCCCCGUCAACCUCCCCCCCUCUCCCCCACUCCACACAUGUCACUCCGCCGCUAA